GGACUUGUUGAGUGAAUCGGUUCCAGCUCCAUUUUUGCUGCCGGUGAGCACGAAUCCCCAAACGAAAUAAAUCAUAACAUACGUCACCGAAACCGACUUCGAUUGAUCGACCAAUCAACUCAAAGAUGAAUUCAGUAAACGUGUCAGUAUCAUGGCGAACAUUACGGAGAUACCGCCAUGGGAGCCCGGCGCGUUGCUCGUUUUCACUACUCCUCACAAUCUGGACAUUGUUGGUGACUACUAACGAAUAUUGGGCUGGCAAUCUUUUGGCUCGGGCUCAAGUCACCAGUGCCGAUUGUUACGAUGAUCUUAAUAGAUCGGACAGGGACGGAGAUGACAGGGUAAAUGCAGCGGAAUAUGUCGAGUUUUUUCGUCGGCGAUUGGGAAGACGUCGAUCCGACGAGGGCUAUUCCUACGAAACAUCAGAAUUCACGUCCUUCGAGGGUUUGCCUUUUGCUUUUCAAUCCAAUUUCUUCACCCUCGCGUGCUUUUGUUCCCGGUUCCGAUUCGACGAUAACGAUGAUGAUCGCGCAUCCUGUUGCAUUGGAGAUAAAGCCCACAUUUCUGUUGUUAAUGCCGACAGUGCUUUUGGUGAAGAAGAAACAAAAGAGCGCAAUUACAUCAACCUGGUUUGCAGGUUAUCGGAUGGAGCUAUCGAUAGUAUCACAAGCACUUUAGAUACCAUUCAACUAUCCCCGACUAUAUCUCCUACAGUCCUCCCUCCUUCUAAUUCACCUAUAGCAACCAAGAAGCCUACAGAUACACCCACAAGUCUUCCCACAAGUGGAAGUCCAACACCGAAACCAACCCUUGAUUUUGUGACGCCAUCGAUUCUUCCUUCAACAUCACCCGCACCAUCAUUAGAGUCGUCGUCAUUAUCAUCAACGUCAAUGCCAGACACUACUAUAGAGCCUACUCUGAUGGUGAGAAUCACCGUGGAGUCUUUGUAUUCCAUUCUGGUUCGAGAAGACGGUAGUGAGAACCAACUUCUGCAGCAGCAGCCAAUGAGAAUGGAACAACCACAGGAGUCCGAGGAGCCAAAGCAAAAGAACACUGUUAAGAAUAAUUUGAUCACAGCAAUGAACAUGCUUUCUAGGAAAGUGGCGUUUGAUCUUUGGUUCAGAGGGGCGUCAACCCAGACUGUCUUUUUCGAAAAGCUGCGUGUACAGCAACCGACUUCAAUAGACAGCAUAGUGGAUAUUGGUUUUACUGCUGCCCCCAAACUGAUGAAAAUCAAUGAUACAAAUGACAACAGUAGUCAUAAUAUCUUCGUCGGAGGCCCUUGUCCGCUAGAGAUGAGAAAAAGUCAACCAGAAAAUGUGAAGGCGAACACAGAUACAAAACAGAUUCAACAAUAUUUUUGUCAAGAAGUCACGGCAUCCAUUGUACUACAACUUCCAAUGGACCCAGAUUAUACUGAUACAGGUAUCUAUAGUCCCGGAAAUGUACACGAGCUCUACAGUCAAGCCCUUGAAAUGGCAAUAUUGAAUGGGGAGCUAGGGGAACUGAUGGAAUCUGUCGCACACGACUCCAGAGUAAGCAUUGCCAGUGGUCAGACCAUCUCUGCGAUGACACCAAAACCGACGGUGGGAAUAGUAGGAAUCAUUGUUGCUUCCCUAGUAGGAAGUAUUUUUCUGACGAUGAUAAUCGUUCACUUUGUAAUAAGAUCGAAUUCCCGUGACCAACCUCUCAAGGGGCUCGGAGACGAAUGGGAAGACUCCAAUAACAAAAUUCUCGAAAGCGCAUCUGGUGACAAAAAUACAGUUGACGAAGACGAUAUCGAAUCGAGAGUCAUUGAUCUAUCUAUGGAGAAAGAAAUUGCCAUUGAUCCUAAAAAAGGUGCAAUGGUCAUUCGUCAGUGCACAAGCACAGAGCAGGCUACUGGUAUGAUGGAGGUCUCUGCCACGACCAACUCAACGAAAGGGACGGGUAUUCCCGAUUAUACUGAUAGCUCAAUGAUGGCAAAUUCGAUUCCCUACUUUCCGACCAGUCCAGGAUCCAAUUCAAACACGGAUGAUGCAAGAUCUACUGGUGGAAUUUCACAAGAAUCGGACUCGGGUUGGUCCGAGGCUUAUACAUCAAGUGUGGGCAGCGUGGGCGAUGAUGAUUGCGAAUCCUUUCCAGAGAUUCCUUCAUCUGGGCCUGGUGCGCUGCCUUCAGUUGCCAAAGAGCCACCUUCUCCUCCUGCCGUCGACAAAUCGACAGGAGAUCAUUUUGAUGAAGAAUUAUCAACUAAAGAUAGCGAAGAAGUUUCAGUUGAUGAGAGUUUCACCCCUCAAUCGCCUUCAUCGCCGACAGCCCCUGAAACAAUGAAACUACUUGAAGAAACAAUGUCGGACGACAGCGACGGUUUGUUGAUCCAUGAAGACGAGUCGUCUUCAGAUAACGACGACGAUGACGUCAGUGAUGACGAUAUCAAAGAUGAUCAUCACUAUGAACGCAAAUCUGAAAAACCUUUAUCAGCGGAAGAAUUUCGCUCCAAACUCCUUGAUAUGAUCAAACGCAUCGUACCUGAGGAAAUCGACCAGAUAGACGACAUGAUAGCAGAGUUCAAACACCGCGAAGAUGAAUUGAUCGAAACAUUAUCAAUGAUGGAAAAGCGACUUUUGUCACAGAAACAAAGUGAUCAAUGAACCCCACAAUAUCCUCGCCCUUCCAGGGAAGAAAGAAGAAGUAAAUGUCACGUUGUGCG